AAAUUCUCGUCCUAUUCGACCACACUCUAAUCUCAUCUUUUAUUAUAUGCUUGACUAACAUUUACCAAGCGCCACACUCGAACCAUCAUCCUUGUUUAUAAAGAAGCUACAAUUCAAUAACUAUAUAGAACUAGAAAUAUUUUGAGUAUUCUUGAUUACUACUGUUUGCUCGAUUUGGCGUAAUACACUUUGAUGAUGAAACGGAACUUGGGUUUGCUUUUGCUGGCUACUAUGAGUCUCGUGGCUAUGGCUGAGAAUACCUCUUCCAAUCUUUCAAUCGACAGAGAAGCAUGGGAAAAUGUGGAUCCCUCAGAGGGGUCUACUCAGAAGAAUAUGCUGAGAAGUAUGCUUUUCGCCAUCUCCAUGAUCUUUGGUUGCGAACUUGGUGAUAAAACAUUCAUUGUGGCAGCCCUUCUUUCUUUCGAAAAUUCAAGAGGCAUCGUAUUCCUAGGAUCUUUUAGUGCCUUAUUUUUCAUGACUUUACUCGGCGUUCUUUUAGGCCAUGCUGCUCCUAUGCUUUUCCCUAAACGAUGUACGGAUCUUUUAGGCGGAUUACUCUUUGUAAUAUUUGGUAUCAAAAUGAUCCGUGAAGGUGUUGAGGUUAUGAACGCUCAUGAAUCUAUUGAUGAAGAGUUCAAGCGGGUGGAAGAUGAGAUCAGUACUGCUAAACCAGUUGAAGAGCUUAUGGAAGAAGGUCAGGUUCCUAAAGAUCCUAUUUAUGAAAAAACCGAAGAUGAUAGCGUUAAUUAUCUAAAGUCGACUCUAGAUGGAUUAAAAAAUCUUUUUAGUUUCUUGUUGUCUCCUCUUUUUGUGAAGGCAUUUGCGCUGACCUUUGUAAGUGAAUGGGGUGAUCGUUCGCAAAUCGCAACCAUUGCUAUGGCUGCUAGUGAUAAUAUGUUUGGUGUAUUUUUAGGAGCCAAUUUAGGUCAUGCUUUUUGCACGGGCCUGGCUGUACUUUCUGGAAAGUAUCUUGCAACUAAAAUUCAAAUGCACAAGGUAUUGCUUUCUGGAGGGUGUCUAUUUAUACUUUUUGGCUUGGUGUACUUUUAUCAAGGAUUUUCUUAAAUUUGGGUUUUUGCGAUGCACACGUAGUUGCCUAAACCUUUAUGAAACCAAACUCAGUUGUGUACGUAACUGGUACAAUUGCUAUGCUCGACGAUAUUUGACAUUUGCAGGUGUAUGUUUAUGGUUAUGAAGGCAGAAGGAGGAUGAAAUCACAUAAUUUUUUAUUUGUCAAAACUAAUAUGGCCUAAAAUGUAUGAUACAACUUCUGACUUUCAUAUUGAUUUCCCCCAUUAAUAAAAGACAAUAUAUAUUUUAUAAACUUAAUGCAGACUGAUAAUAAAAACCUUGA